GUCGGUCUGUAAAGCAACGUAACUCUGAGAGAAGAGGAACCGCAGCUCUGGAAACCCGAGUUAUAAACAUUCAGAAACCCGGAGCUGUAACUCCGCUGCUCUUCAGAUUCUCCUCAGAUCUUUCUCUGUAACACUGUUCUGCAGAGAGAGCGGCUCUGAGGAACCGGAGAACCGGAUUAUAGGAGUUAAACAGCUGUAGUUUUGCUGCAGGAGAACUCCGGAACGCUAGCGGCUAAUAUCUGCUGUUACCAGCGCCCAUUGCACAGUUAGCUGUUUAGCUAACAGGCUAACCUGCAGACACGAUCCCUUCACAAGCUGAAUGUUGGACAAACCAGACACUCUAAGAAGUUGAGGACCCAGCAUCCAAGCCCUUUGUUGUUUUUUUUAGCUUACCUGUCUACUUCCAGCUUGAGAUCUACAUAAGAAAAGGUCAAUGGUGGAGACCUGCUAAAAAAAAAACACACACACACACACGGGCAAGGGCAAAUUGGGGCCCAAGGAGGAAUGGAUAAGGCUAGAAAUGAGGGUCCAAGUUCAUAACGGCUCCGACCAGGCGAAGUCGGCUCCAGCUGAGAUGUCAGAGAAUGGCCGCUCGCGGAGGAAACGUGUACCCAAGUUGUGUGACUGCUGUGGGCCGAACAGCAAACCCCACAUGGUGGGUCAUGACCAGGUCACAAAGAAGCGAGGGCGGCGGAAGAAAGAAGUCGCGAGCGAAGUGGAAGUAGCGACUGAAAAACGAAUCAUUUCUGCUGUAGUGGACUUGGUCUCAGCACAGGAAGGGGACACAAUGACUGUGUCUGAGAUGCAACCAGGAACCUGUACUGACUCAAACACAGCACUGAGUGUUGGAGAUCAGAUUAUGCCUCUAGUCAGUGAUUCAACUGUUUUGCACAAUGGCUUUGUACGUAGUCUUGAGGACGUUCCAAAAACACACAGUAAAGACAAGGAUACAAGUCCAACUUUACGCACAGACUGCAAAGAGCCCAGUUCUCUUGCACAAACAAAUACAACGCAAAUCUGCUUGGACACACACAGGGAUUCUGAUCCUGUACAGGCCUCUACAACACCCAGUGACUGCAUACAUAUCAGUUCUACAGCACACAUUGACUGCCUAGGGAACUCUACUGGUCCUACGCUUCAGAGCCACAUCAUAGUCUUGGAUCAUACAGCAGAUACAGAUGCCAUGGAGGUGGAGCAUCCUGUGUCUGCCGUUUACUUAAACAUCACGGCUUUAAGGGACCACCGUUACUGUAAACGUCCUGCAGAGUGUGCAGCAGAGGAGCCGCCGCAUGUUUCUCAGCCACCUUCAACAGAAAUCCGUAGUGAAGAAGUUGUAGAACUCAUUCACGAAUUCCUUGAGCAUUUCUACUCGAAAUAUGGGAGCUUCAUUCCACUGAGUGAGGAGGAUAUUCUUGAGUACCUGAACAAACACUUGAACGGAGACCUAAACGACAGAAAGAAAACGAUACAUGCAGAAUUGAUGAAGUACAAGGCUGGCUUGGCUUGUGCUCCGAUGCAUUUUUUCAAAGUGACCUACAACAAGCACAUUUUAGCGCUUGAGGACCUUUCUACUCUUGAUGACCAAAACUGGGUCAAUGACCAGGUCAUAAACAUGUAUGGUGAAUUAAUAAUGGAAGCUACAAACCACAAGGUCCAUUUCUUCAACAGUUUUUUUUACAAACAGCUUGUAGCUAAAGGAUAUGAAGGAGUGAAAAGGUGGACCAAGAAGGUAGAUUUGUUCUCCAAGAGAUUGCUGCUGAUCCCCCUCCACUUGGAAAUCCAUUGGUCCUUGAUAACUGUGGACAUCUCCAAGCAAAACAUAAACUUCUAUGACUCCCAAGGAAUAUUGUUCAAGUUUGCAGUUGAUAACAUUGAGAAGUACAUGUUAGCAGAAGCGAAGGAAAAGAAGCUCGCCAAUUUCCAAAAAGGCUGGAAGAUGACUGUAAGCAAGCCUAUUCCACAACAGAAGAAUGAUAAUGAUUGUGGAGUUUUUGUCUUGGAGUACUGCAAGUGCCUGGCGUUUAAAGAACCUUUGCUGUUCACACAAGAGGACAUGCCUAAAGUCCGCAAAAGGAUAUACAAGGAACUGUGUGACUGCAAGCUCACUGACUUUAAUAAGCAAGUCCAAGCUUGAAGAUGUUCUGUCGCUCAUUAUCUGGUAAUCAGACUUGGCGAUUUUAGUAGGAACCUAAUGGGAGAGGAACCUAAUGGGAGAGGUGCUCAUGGGAGAGGAGCUUAUGGUCAUAAGCCUGGAAAUAAUGUGUACUGCAGUGUUUUGGAUGGGAAAUGGAGGAUAGAGAUGCCAAAACAUCAGUCUUUCUGACCAUUCCCAGUUUUAUGUCGGACAUUCAGCAUCUGAAAAAAGUUCUGUUAUUCCACGGUUUAUCAGGUACUGUCUGAGAGGCUUAUUUUAACCACGUGGCAACCCUGAAAACAAACAUCCACUUACUUGUUACUUUUUUUUUUUUUUUUUUACAUUUUUUGCAUCUCAAGCCUCUGUAGCUGGUUAAAUGGUUUUAGCCAUAUCGCAAACUCUGUGGUUCAAUCAGGUUCCUUUACAGCGAGUAUGCAGUGAGAGCUGUGCAGCAUGAAGGAUGUGUAAAACAAGGACACUCUGUACUUUUAACUGCAUUCUGGUUGUGGUUCGAGCAGUAUUUCACAAGGGCAAGCGUUUGAAUGUACUGUUAAUGAAGAUGUUCCCAAACAGAACUGUAAAACCAGUGUCUGUGCAUAGAUUUGUUCAAGGCAGUCUCCAACCAUCCAGAGAAUAUUUAGACUGUUAGGCUGGAGAUAUACUUGCUGUUUGGCCAGGCGAUCACGAUGAUGCACAACCAGCUGCAUCAUCAUGAAUGUAAUGAAUAGUUCUCAUAUCGUCACUGUCCAAUGAAAAAACUUUACAGGAGAGAGAUAAAACCUUUUGAACUAACGAUGGAAAUCAAUGUAAAAAGAGUUAUUUCAGAUAUUAUGUAGUAAUGUAUCCAUCAUCCAGCAGUCUAAAGCGCUGGCAUUAUGAUCAGGGGAUCGCUGGUUCGAAUCCCAGUCAUGCAGCUUGCCAUCAGCUGCCGAAGUCCCGAGAGCGCACAAUUGGUCAUGCUCUCUCUGGGUGGGUACAGUAGAUGGCACUCUUUCCCCUCAUCACUCCUAGGGUGAUGUUGAUCAGCACAAGGCUGCGUCUGUGAGCUGAUGUAUCAGAACCGAGUUGCUGAGCUUUCCUCCGAGCGUUAGUGCUCUGAUGCUACUCGGCAAUGCUACAGCAUCAGCAGCAGUUCAAAAAGAGGCGGAGUCUGACUUCACAUGUGAGGAGGAGGCGUGUGGCACACCAGUGAAUUACCAGUUUGAAUAUACAGUAGCAGCUGAAUGGGUGGGUCAAUUGGGCAGAUGAACUGGGAGAAAAAAAAUGUAGAUACUUGCUUUUCUUUGGACAGCGACGUUAUUUAAUGAUAUUUACCUGUGAGCUGUGUGUUACAGUAAGCUUCCACUUGAGGCCUCCACCUUCCACAGUGGCCAGGACACAUUAUACAGAUGCGAACAGCCGUUCCUUCAGAUGUUGCUUUGGGCUGCGUUUUUAGCAGUUUAAUUUUCUGACUGUAUAAUGCUAAAUGCAUUUUGUUCUAUUUAUUUUAGUAAAAAAAAAAAAUCUUGUACAAACAAUUUUUUUUCUCUGAAAUUCAACUAAAAACAUGUAUCUUCAAAACAGCAAAUUUACAGGAGAGAGAUUAAAUCUUUUCAACUAUGAAUGAAGGUAGAUUGUAAAAAUUUAGUUCAGGUAACCUUAAAAAGGCUCCUAACUGGGGUUUAAAAUCUUUUAAAAUUGUCUUCAGUCCCUAAAACAUUUGGUAUGGUUCUGUGUUGAGUAAAUUUAGAUCAUUUUCAGUAUAAAAUUCAUGGAACAUUUUUAAACUAUGAUUUUACUUAAAUGCUAUGAACCCAUUCGUUUUUUUGGGAACCACCUGGAAGUGCACUUUGAUUCUUAAUUGGGUGUUCUCUUCUCUGUAGUCUCUCUGGUUUUACACCUAAUAUUCUAUUUUAUUUAUUUAUUUAUCAUUGUACGGUCAGAAAAUGUAACUCAUGAACGUUACACAGACACACACUGCCCCCUAGUGUGAUUGUGUGUACUGCACUGUGCAUCUCCUUCAUUUCGGAGGAUAUGGGCAGUGAGCGCACCAGAUUUGAGGCGUAAAACUUCCAUCAACAGCAAGUCUAUCUCUAGCUUAUUCCCCAUCAUUUGAACUGUUCAAGCCAUAUAGUUUGUAAUCUUUGUAUUAUUUUUUUAGAAGCACUCUAGACACUUUUAAAAAAAAAAUGUUUUGCUUUCCAAAUGCAAUGACAGUUCCUGUAGCAUGUAGCUCUUUUUUAUUAGUUCCUUUCUAAAGUACUUAAACCAUUUUAAGCUCAUGUUGAAAUACAGUGGCCACGAAAAUUUAUUUUUUAUUAUUAUUAUUUUUAUUUUAAAUAAUGCAGCCGACGGCUGAGCCCCGUUUGCCAAAUAAGUGGACCACUAAAUAAGUAGGUUAUAUCAGCAGUAAACCAUGCAUACUUCAUAACUGAUGAGACAAAACAGCUUGUGUUAGCGGCAGUGGGUGCACACCAUCCUCCUGCUACAAGAAUAUAAUUGUGACUGGAUUUUGAUCGUUAUAGCCUUAUGUGAUUAUUUGAGCUGGUCAACACGGUACUGAUGUUUUGCCAGCUCGUUCUGCGGCCGUUUAUAACAUCAGCUGACAGACCAACAGAUAAAUAUAAAUAUAGUGAGGAUACUAUAUUUUUUAGUUACUUGAAGUGUAACAAAAGUUUGACCUCAGUGAGAAGCUUGGGUUUCCUUGUUUGACUACUAUUUGUCAUAUUUAAACAUCCACAUAAAACCAUUAUUGAUAA